ACUCCGUGUUUACAAUUCUGACUUUAAAUCUGAAUAUCCAUUUUUCUCAAUCGCAAUGCAAUCGUCCUUUGUCCAUCCUUUCUAUAACUGGCCUACCAUACCGAAAAUCUUUUCGGUUGAAUAUUUGCGUGAGGAACAUGACAGCCUGAUCUUAACCGGUCCGGAUAUAAGGACUUGGAUAGUCGGGUGCAGUAGUAAAGUGCAUCGUAUAGGAUCAAUCAGGCGAAGAUUCAAUGUCGGAUGGAGAAUAUUCGCGCAAGACAAUUGCUUGGCGGCCGGUGAUGUAUGCACAUUUGAAAUGAUAAAUGCUGCAAAAAUUACACUGCGAGUAACCAUUUCUCGAAACAUUGCGAAUUUUGGCUCGUCGCACGCCUGAAUCAAAAUGCUGGUCGAAAUGUAGUAUCGAAUCUGCAAGCAAGAGAUGCUUCUGCUGAAACUAAUUAACCAUUUUCUUUAGUAUCGAAUCUGCAAGCAAGAAAUGCUUCUGUAGAAAUGUAGUAUCGAAUCUGCAAGCAA